AUGGCUUUAUACUUUCUAUAUCCCGCCGUUGCUGCCGUGGCCCUCUUCGUUGUAGGCGUCAUUAUUGUCAUGCUACGUUGGGGUCCGCGCCUCUGCGGGCUGCGUCAUCAUGCUCUGCCCGAUAAUUAUGAUAUGCGGGAGAAGACCUAUGAGCAUGAAAUUAGUUAUGCCUGA